AUGGAAGUUGUAGAACAAAAAGAUAAGGUGGCUAUAAAAAUUAAAGCAAAUCGAAAUAACUCAGUGUCAUCGGCUGUAACAGUUUCUAAAGGAAACAACAAUUGCAAACUGUGCAAUGUAGACAGGCACCCACUGUAUCAUUGCCGUAAAUUCUUGCAAUUUUCACCAUCUCAACGAUUGGAUUGGGUGAAAAAUCAACAGCUCUGUUUUAACUGUUUCAGAAAUGAUCAUGUGGUGAACAAAUUUUCAUCAAGAAGUUGUACCAAAUGUAAUAAAAAGCAUAACACGUUGCUACAGUUGGAAGUUAACAAUCAAACAAAACAAAACAUUCAACCUAGCUCAAGUGGGUACAACACCGCAGUUACCACAGCGACAGCAAACACAUCCACAGGUUAUCGUGAUUAUGUUCUCUUGCCAACUGCAAGAGUCAAAAUAACUGCAUCUAAUGGAAAUACAAGUGAAGUCCGAGCAUUACUAGACUCUGGUUCGCAAGUGAACAUAGUCUCUGAGGGUCUUGUCAAAAGGCUCAAUAUAUCAAAAACAAAAUCGUUAUUGUGCAUAGAAGGUAUAGGAAAGGUGCAAAAAAAUUCAACGCAGCGGGUUAACAUCAAAUUGCAAUCACUUAACUCAAGGUUUACUACAGAAGUCAAAGCGUUUGUGCUUCCAAAUAUAGUUCCACCUCAACCAAGUUGCAGCUACGAUAUUUCCAAAUGGAAGGUCCCGAACAGCAUUCAGUUAGCAGAUCCAACAUUUUUCCAACAAGGGAAAAUUGAUAUUUUACUCGGUGCGGAGUUCUAUUUUAGUCUGUUAAAGAAAGGUAAAUUAACGCUUGCUCCUGGGCUUCCAGUCUUGCAAAACUCUACACUUGGCUGGAUUGUCAGUGGCAAGGUUGCAUCAAAUACAGACACAUCAAAUGUUUUAUGUGCAGUUUUUGGCGGUGGGGCGGAGGUUGUUGAUAAUAAUUCAUCAUUAGAAAAUGCAAUUGAACGAUUAUGGCGAAUGGAUGACGUGAAUACAACAGAGAGGACAUUAUCCAAAGAAGAAAAAUUAUGCGAAUCUCAUUUUGUUCAGAACGUUCAUACAAAUAAAGAAGGACGUUUUGUGGUAAGGUUGCCGUUUCUGGAAAACUCAUUGACGUUAGGAGAAUCUCAAGAAACAGCUUGGAGAAGGUUCAUCAGUCUUGAACGACGACUACGAAAAAAUGAUGUUUUGCGGAAACAAUAUGUGCAGUUUAUGGAAGAGUAUGAUCGAGUGGGUCACAUGACUGAAGUAAACUUGAAUCCCAUGUUGACUCCAAGAUAUUUCAUUCCUCAUCAUUGCAUACUAAAACCAGAUAGUACAACUACUAAACUUCGAGUGGUGUUUGACGCAUCAGCCGAAACUACAUCUGGACACUCGUUGAAUGAUUUAAUGUAUAACGGACCGACAGUUCAAAGUGAACUCUUUUCAAUUCUGCUCCGUUUUAGGCGACCACGGUUUGUUUUUACCACAGAUAUCGAGAAAAUGUAUCUUCAAGUUUUGAUAAAUCCUGAAGAUCGACGCUAUCAACUUAUCAUUUGGAGAAGCAGUCUAAAUUCAACGAAUCAUUAUUAUCAGCUAAACACAAUAACAUAUGGGACUCGAGCAGCUUCUUACCUAGCAACAAGAUGUCUGCAAAAGAUAGCAUUAGAAAACAAGGUGAAUUAUCCAUUGGGAGCUCAAAUCCUGUGUGACAAUUUCUACGUUGACGAUGGGCUCGGUGGAUCAGAUAGUUUAAUUACGGCUAUUGAAGCUCAAAGGCAAUUAAUCCAUAUUUUAAAGAAGCAUCAGUUUUAUCUACGGAAAUGGAGUGCAAACCAUCCUCAACUUUUGAAAAACAUUUCUCAAGAUCAUCAAGUGGUAAAUCUAGAUUUUACUAAUGAUAAUAACGAGUCAAUCAAAACGCUGGGACUAUUUUGGUUGCCCAAAGCGGAUUUAUUUGGAAUUAAGGUCAAAAUGGAAGGUAUAAUCACGAAGAGAGUCGUUAGUUCUGAUUUAGCUAGACUGUUCGACCCACUUGGGUUAUUAGCUCCAUUGAAAUUAUCUUGGGAUGAACCACUUCCUACAGAUCUUCGUAUAACAUGGUCAACAUUUAGAAAAAACUUAAGUACUCUUGAAAAUCUUCAGGUGCCAAGACAUAUCUUCAGAGGCGAGGUUCCAUCAUCAACACAGCUACAUAUUUUUGCUGACGCAUCUGAAAAGGCAUUUGGUGCUGCAGCAUAUGUCAGAGCAAUUUUAAAAGAUGGUAGAAUAAUAGUGCGGCUAUUAUGUGCAAAGUCAAGAGUAGCACCACUUAAAAAACAAACGCUACCGCGACUAGAGCUAUCUGCGGCAGUCUUAGCAGCGGAACUCUCAGUAAGAGUCAAAAGCGAUCUUCAGGAGAAGGACCAGCCAGUAUUUUUGUGGACUGAUUCAGAAAUUGUGUUGUCUUGGAUCAACUCACAGUCCUCAUCAUUUCAAACAUUUGUAGCUAACAGGGUGGCAAGAAUUCAAACUUUAACUCUGUCUGAACAGUGGCGUCAUGUUAGGUCAAAGGACAACCCAGCUGAUGUGUUAUCAAUAGGACUUCCAGCAAGGGCAUUGUCAAUAUGUGUACUUUGGUUUCAAGGACCGUUCUUUUUGCAUGAAAGGUAG